CUCACUGUUGAAAGAGUCCGUGCACGGCUUGGGAACAUGUUGUGGGGCUGACCCCCAAUUGGCAGGGUCUCGAAUUGGCAACGUCGCGAGUUGGGAUUCCCACAGAGGCUCGAGACGCUUGAGAGCCUGAUUUCCCCCAGCCUUUUGCCAGUGCAUCCUCGCGUCGCUCUGCCCACCAUGAGCUACGGGAAGAAGGACGAGGACGCCGACAGCGGCCUGGUCAAAAUCGACCGGACUCAGGUCUUUCAGGAAGCUCGCCUCUUCAACAGCUCGCCCAUUCAGCCACGAAGAUGCCGCGUGCUCCUCACCAAGAUCGCCCUCCUCCUGUACACCGGCGAGAAGUUCCCGACCACGGAGGCCACCACGCUCUUCUUCGGUAUCUCGAAGCUCUUCCAGAACAAGGAUGUCGGCCUGCGCCAGAUGGUUCACCUCGUCAUCAAGGAGCUGGCCAGCUCCGCCGAGGACAUCAUCAUGGUCACGAGCACCAUCAUGAAGGAUACAGGCGGCAGCACCGACUCCAUAUAUCGCCCCAACGCCAUCCGGGCGCUCUGCCGCAUCAUCGAUGCCACCACGGUUCAGUCCAUUGAGCGUGUCAUGAAGACGGCAAUCGUCGACAAGAACCCCUCGGUGUCGUCUUCCGCUCUCGUGUCGUCGUACCACCUCCUCCCGAUCGCCCGAGACGUCGUCAAGCGGUGGCAGAGCGAGACCCAGGAGGCGGCCGCAAGCACCAAGUCGUCUGGCGGGUUCUCUCUGGGUUUCUCGUCGUCCUCUGGGAAUCUCCCCGUCAACAACUCGACUAUGACGCAGUACCACGCCAUCGGCCUGCUGUACCAGAUGCGGAUGCACGACAGGAUGGCGCUGGUCAAGAUGGUCCAGCAAUUCGGCGCGGCCGGCGCCAUGAAGAACCCCGCCGCCAUCGUCAUGCUGGUCCGUCUUGCCGCACAGCUGGCCGAAGAGGAUCCCCAGCUCCGAAAGCCCAUGAUGCAGCUGCUGGAUGGCUGGCUCAGGCACAAGAGCGAGAUGGUCAACUUCGAGGCGGCAAAGGCCAUCUGCGACAUGCGGGACGUCACGGACGACGAAGUGACGCAGGCGGUCCACGUCCUUCAGCUUUUCCUCAGCUCGCCCCGCGCCGUCACGAAGUUCGCCGCCUUGCGGAUCCUCCACACCAUUGCGUCCUUCAAGCCGCAUGUCGUCAAUGUGUGCAACCCGGAUAUCGAGCUUCUCAUCUCAAACAGCAACCGCUCGAUUGCCACGUUCGCGAUCACCACCCUCCUCAAGACGGGCAACGAGGCCAGCGUGGACCGGCUGAUGAAGCAGAUCUCGGGCUUCAUGUCCGAGAUCACGGACGAGUUCAAGAUCACGAUUGUCGAGGCGAUCCGGACGCUCUGCCUCAAGUUCCCUAGCAAGCAGGCCGGCAUGCUUCAGUUCCUCAGCGGAAUCCUGCGCGACGAAGGCGGCUACGAGUUCAAGCGAGCUGUGGUGGAGAGCAUGUUUGACCUGAUCAAGUUCGUGCCCGAUUCCAAGGAAGAGGCGCUCGCCCACCUCUGCGAGUUCAUUGAGGACUGCGAGUUUACGAAGCUGGCCGUCCGAAUCCUACACCUGCUUGGUGUCGAGGGUCCCAAGACGUCGCAACCCACCAAGUAUAUCCGGUACAUCUACAACCGGGUCGUCCUGGAGAAUGCCAUCGUUCGUGCCGCUGCCGUGACCGCGCUGGCCAAAUUCGGCGUUGGGCAGAAGGAUCCCGAGGUCAAGCGGAGCGUGGACGUCCUGCUGACGCGCUGCUUGGACGAUGUCGAUGACGAAGUCCGGGAUCGCGCCGCCCUCAACCUCAGGCUUAUGCAUGAGGAGGAUGAACUGGCGGCGAGAUUCGUCAAGAACGACAACAUGUUCGCGCUUCCCUUUUUCGAGCACCAGCUUGUCAUGUACGUCACAUCGGACGACAAGUCGGCGUUCGAGACCCCAUUCGACAUCUCGAAGAUCCCUGUUGUUACGCGCGAGCAAGCGGAUGCCGAAGACAGGACGAAGAAGCUUACCGCGACUAUCCCAUCUCUCAAGCCGCCCAAGGUCGGCCCCACCAAGACGGCACCGUCAUCGGCCGAUGCUGCCGCUUCUGCCUCGGCGGCGGCACAGAAGUACGCCCAGGAAUUGAUGCAGAUCCCGGAGAUGAACGAGUUCGGCAGCGUGCUCAAAUCUUCGCCGCCGGUGGAGCUGACAGAAGCCGAAACCGAGUACGUGGUCAGCGUCGUCAAGCACAUCUUCAAGGAGCACAUCGUGCUGCAGUACGAGAUCAAGAACACGCUCCCAGCGACGAUAUUGGAGAACGUGUCGGUGAUGGCCACGCCGUCAGACGAGGAGGAGCUCGAGGAAGUGUUCAUCAUCCAGGCCGAGACGCUGCAGACGGACGUACCUGGCAAGGUCUACGUGGCGUUCCGGAAGGUGAACGGCGGAAGUUCCCUGCCUGUCUGCACCUUCUCCAACGUCCUCAAGUUCACCAGCAAGGAGAUCGACCCAACAACCAACGAGCCAGAGGAGGGCGGCUACGAGGACGAAUACGAAGUGUCCGACUUCGAUCUGUCGGGCAGCGACUAUGUCAUCCCGACCUUCGCCAGCAACUUCGCACACGUGUGGGAACAGGUUGGCGCCCAGCCGCAGGCCGAAGAGGCCGAGGAGACAUUACAGCUCAGCGGCAUGAAGAGCAUACCAGAGGCAACGGAGCAAUUAGCCAAGACGCUGUCGCUCCAACCGUUGGAAGGCACGGAUGUUCCCGUGAACCAGACCACGCACACCUUGAAGCUUCUCGGCAAGACGGUCAACGGCGGCCGGGUCGUCGCCAACGUGCGGAUGGCCUACUCGUCCAAGACGGGCGUGACAACCAAGAUCACGGUGAGGAGCGAGGAGGAAGGUGUUGCGGCUCUGGUGGUGGCAUCUGUUGCUUAAUGACCACGGGUUGGAUGGAUGCAUGGCGUUAUUUCGUUUAUUUGCUGUUAAGAAAAAUCAAGGAGCUUUCAUUCGGUGGCUUCCUUUCCCCCGGCCCAACAGCUGCGCGCGUGUCCGAGGGGGGGUUUCGUCUGUGAAGGUUUGCGCUGCGAUACAGAUAGAGCCGUGCUGUUCCUCGGGAUGAUGGACAUGGGCCAAGGGG